ACUAGUUGCUUAGAUAUCUGCAACGAUGAGGACCAGUACUGUGCAGCCGUUUCGAUCGAGCUCAGUAGCUCCACAACGACUGGCGCCUCGUCGCUCGCUUGCAAGAUGCAAAGCCGCAGUUUCACCAGCCGCGCUGACUGACAUAGAAAAGCAAGCUCUUGCAACCUACAAAUCAAGCUCAUCGUCACCAAGCAAAGCCGAUGCGCUGCAGCUGUUAAAGCGAGCAGCUGCGACCAAAUCCGUACCGGCAGAGACAGUGGAGGGUGCCUUACUAGCUUUGGAGCAGUUUGCAGCACAAGAAAAGACCGGUUCCACACCGAGCAUCGCCGGAAGCUGGCGGUUGCUGUUUGGCACAGCAACCAAGUUCCGCCCCUUCCAAUAUAUUCCCGUCAAGGAGGAUUUCGUGCUGGACGAGGCGGAUAAGACCGUGGUCCUGGAGAGCACGCUGGGACCCUUUGAGUUCUUCAUCCGGGGGGUCAUGGCGUCCUGGCGGCCCGAAAGCGGCGAGCUGCAGUUCCAAUUCACCAAGGUGGACAUCCACUUCGCGGGCAACAAGGUCUGGGAGGUAUCUCCCAAGUCCAAGCCCAAGACCUACACCUUCUUCCACGUGAGCCCCGACAUGGCGUGUGCGCGCAGCAGUGCGGGAGGCGUGGCACUGAUGGUGAAGUAGUAGGCGGGCGGGCGGGGGGGGGUUUCUAUAUGAGGAUGAAGGGUCAGGAGGAAUCGACCCAUGGGUCCGGCGGAGUGGAGAGUGUCAUGACGCGCUUGGGCAAUUUGGAGCGUACGGUUGGGGGCUGUGCCUUACUUGGCGGGUAUUGGCGCUUGUGGCCUUCCUCUGAUGUCUGUUUGCAUGUCUGAAGUUAGCGUAGGAGCUGGGUUUUGGACGUUUGCUGCCAGCAGAGGAGUGCGCUAGUGCGUGGGAGCUAGUGAGUAGACACAUUUGGAGAAGAGGUGGUGCUUACAGUCUCAUGAGUUGAACAGGACAAUGCAAAGAGGUACAAGAAAUUCCCCAUCCCAUGUUCCAGUUCCGCUGGACCGUAGGCUACCCCUCAUAAACUCAGCCGGACCCUAUUGUUCAGCAUGACCCACUGCUCGUAACCAACCAGGAAU